AUGCUGCAGACGCGCCAUCCGGACUCGACUUUUGAUCUCAAAGUCUCCAGUCGUCGUCCUUCUUCCAUGCCACCGCAUUCACUUUGGUCACCACUACCAUCAUCAUCAUCAUCAUUCACUGGUCUCUCACGCAAAAGAAAACGCGAAGAAGACUCGUUUCCAGUUUCGCAGCCCUCGUCGCUGCGAAAACUGGCGAUGAGCCAUAUGAUCGGAUCGUCGGCCACUGCACCAUCAUCACCCUCGAUCCGCGCCAACGGACAGCGAACCAUUCCAGGCGCUCAUCAGUUUCACGAUGGCUUGCUGCCGCCAGCUGCUGCGUCGUGGUCCAGCGCACUAAAGGACCUCAACGACUUUGAGCUCUCGUCGUCACACCCAACACGCCCUGGCUUCCAGCAGCACUAUGACUCCCCCUACUCACGCAGCAUCCCGUCCACUGCCCCCGGUUCUCCUCGAAUUCCACCCCUUCGACAGAACUCCGGCAGCCACACACCAAGAGUCCGGCCACAUGCCACCACGCUGAAUAUCCCGGGCAUGACCAGGUCCAAGGCGUCCCCCGAUGGCAGAAUUCCCGACCGCGAUGUUGCUGCGAAGCUCGUCAUCAUUAUGGUCGGUCUGCCUGCUCGAGGCAAGUCGUACAUCACCAAGAAGAUCCAGCGCUACCUGUCGUGGCAACAACACAAUACCAAGAUUUUCAAUGUUGGAAAUCGUAGGCGCCUUGCGGCAGGGGUGGCCAACUCCGGUAGUGGAUCCCCGACCUCGGCCACUAACAGAGGAGUCGAUGUGCCCACCCAGGCUGCUACCAUCCUUCUGAAUGGCACGAAAGGUCCUGACAUUAUGGUAGAGGAUGAGCCGACCAAGCUGGAUCUUAAUGGGGAGCCCAAGUCGGCUCGCACCAAGAUUGACCAGUCGGCCAAGUUUUUCGAUCCAAAUAACGAGAUUGCAGCCAAGCUGCGUGAACAAGUCGCUCUCGACACCUUGGAUGAGCUCUUGGCCUACCUUCUCCACGGAGGCGGUGCUGUCGGCAUUCUCGAUGCCACAAACAGCACGAUCAAGCGGCGGAAGCUCUUGGUCGACCAUAUCAAAGCUCGGGAGCCAAAGCUCGGCAUUCUCUUCAUCGAAAGCAUCUGCCACGACCAAAAUCUCCUCGAGGCCAACAUGCGCCUGAAGCUUUCCGGGCCAGACUACAAAGACAAGGAUCCUGUCAAGUCUUUAGCUGAUUUCAAGGAAAGAGUCAAAGCCUAUGAAAGUGCUUACGAGCCGCUGGGCAAGUGGGAGGAAGACAUGCAUCUUCAGUACAUCCAGAUGAUUGAUGUUGGGAGAAAACUCGUGCACCACCGACUCAAGGGAUUCCUUAGCGGCGGGAUCGCUUCUUACUUGACGACAUUCAACCUUUCUCCCAGACAAAUCUGGAUCACCCGCCACGGCCAGAGUCAGGAUAACCAACUGCAAAAGCUAGGCGGCAAUUCUGAACUGACCGAGAGGGGUCACUGCUAUGGCCUUGCACUCUAUAACUUCAUGACGUACAAGCGCAAAGAGUGGCUGAUUGAACAGAAGAACAAGAUCGCACAGUCGACCUUCCCACCGCUGCCAGGCGACAACACGCCACCAUAUCCCGAGCUCAACCAAGAGCUCGAGGACAAGAACUUUUGCGUCUGGACUUCGAUGCUGCAACGCAGCGUGCAGACGGCCGAGUACUUCGACGCAGACGAAGAUUACGAUGUGAAGGCUUGGGAGAUGCUCAACGAGCUCAACGCUGGCUCCUUUGAGGGGAUGACUUACGAAGAGAUUGCGCAAAGAUACCCCGAGGAGUACCGGAAACGGUCCCAGGACAAGCUCCAGUACAUCUAUCCUGGAGUGGGAGGCGAGGGUUAUCUCCAGGUUAUCAGCCGUCUCCGGGAUAUGGUUCGGGAGAUUGAGCGCAUUACCGAUCACCUGCUCAUCAUCGGACACCGAUCAGUUUGCAGGGUGCUGAUGGCGUACUUUAUGGAUCUCACUAGGGACGAUAUUGCCGACCUCGAUGUUCCGCUGGGGAUUCUCUACGCUAUUGAACCCAAGCCGUACGGCAUCGAGUUCCACGCCUACAAGUACAACGAGGAGCAGGGCUGGUUCGAUGAGCUUCCCAACUACAAGCCUCGGAAGACGGUGGACAGGAACUCGUGAUGGAGAUUUUGACAUCCCAUCAUGUGUAACAUUAGGCGGCCAACACAGCUGGUUACGUUUGCCGCGCUUUGAUUUUUUUCGCUUUUCGGUUUUCGGCGUCUCGGGUUUCGGGGCGAUACCGUGGUGGCAACAACCACAACUCACUUGAUUUUUGACAUUUAUCAAGGAGGCUACACAGGCGUUUAUGGGACGGGGGCAAUGACUUAACGGACUAGGUACAGAUGGGACGAACACGUACACAACGCAAGCACAUGAGACAUUACCGGCACACAAUCAUCAUGGGUUGCUUUCAUCAUGGCGCUCGACCAAGCGACGGCUCUUUUUUUUUUUUUUUUUUUUCCUUUUUAGACCUGCAUGCGGGGAUGUAGGUUAUGCAUUGUUAUUUUCUUGUCUGUUUUCUUUUCUAAAGUGUGUGUUUUUAUCAUGGCAAGAUCAAGCAGAGCCAGCGCAGCGCAUGUAGAAAAAGCUUCAAGCUUGCAAAAAUUUGUAUUUGCAUUCAACGAGAGAAGGGUCCGAAGAAGCAAGCAUAUAUUACCAUUGAUAUCAAGUGCAACCAAAGCUAGACGCAUGUACUCAUGAUAGACUAGGCCGGGUUUGGGUAGCCUGGUGUUUUGUUGUAGACUUGGGCGCUUGGGGUGGUAGCGUAGUUUGGUUAUAUAUUGACUCCAUCAUGUCGUGUAAGCUUCUUGACUUAGUGGUUUUAUGAGUUGUUUGGUGGUGAAGAUGAAAGGUUGAAAAUUUGUCUAAAAAUCUUUAGAGUUGUUUUUUUGCGCGGUUGUUCUGGAUGGGUGAGAUGAGGGUGUUUGUUUAUUAUGGUGGUGGAGGUAAAUAAUAGCAAUGUAUGUAUGCAUGAUGGAAUAAAGGAUGGGCGACGAGACAAAAUUUUGAGAAGGAGAGCUUUAUAUACGGAAAAUGCCGCUGCCUUUUGAGGCUUGUAGGUAGCCAUCGAGCAGGAAAAUACAGACACAUGUGGGAAUAUGGAUGAAUGUGAAGUUAUCCCUCACACCCAC